GUUCCCCCUCACCAUCCCCACCGGUGUUUCCCUAAAGCCGUGCGCUGUCUGUCGCUGCCGGAGGCCAAGUGGGGCUGAGUUGUCCUUAGUGCCGUAUUUCUGAGUCAGGGCCUUUCUGCCUGGUGCAGUGCUGUGCCUGGCUGCCCUUCUCCUGCCUCUGCAGGCCUGAGGGGCCUUGAGGGCUGAACUUCUUGGUGGCUUGUGGGGGAUUUAGGGCAAGCAGCUGCCUCAUCCAGAUUAAUAAAUUACCUUUUGCUGCUGGCUAGGAACACCUGUGGAAUAUAUUGGGCUGCUCUGUUCAUGUUUCGGGCAGUUGUUUUAUAUUAGGAAUCCUGAUUUUUCUGUCCGUGUGUCCAUUCUUUAUUACAAUUUCAAAUCAGAGCUCAAAGAGAGAAAUUUAUUCCAGGAGAUGGUGGGAGAGCAGCAGAGGAGAGGGAAUCCCAGUGAUGUUCGCUUUCUGUUCCUUUUUCACUCAGCUGUUCCCCGUUUGGUGAUAUUUUGAGUCCUGUCAGCAUUGUGUUGCAUUCAAGAGAGGCAGACACACCGUGUGGCUUUUGUAUUCAGUUCGAGAUAGAGAUGCUUCUCCUAAGCUAUCCUGGCCAUACUCCUCAACCACCCACAAAGGAUUGUGUUUCAGUGUGUUACUGUCUGAAUGGCUGCAGUCAAUUAGGUUUUGAUGGAGUUGUCACUGCCCAGGAUAAGUCAGGAGUGUCUCACUGUGACUGUCACCUCAAGCUCAGGAGGGUCCUUCUCAGUGGCACUCUGAACUGAAAAGACCGGAUUUUCUGAAGUUUUCCACAAGGAAAAAUGGUCAACACAAGGAAAGGAUAGAGCGGACCUGUGGAUAAGCGCAGAAUAUGUUGCCCUGGCACUAUUUUAGUCUGGCGCAGACAGCAAACUUGGUGCUGGAAGAUGGAACGAAGAUGAAGGGCUAUUCUUUUGGCCAUCCAUCCUCCAUAGCAGGGGAAGUCGUAUUCAACACUGGUCUUGCUGGAUACACUGAAGCCUUGACAGAUCCCAGCUACAAAGGACAGAUUCUUACACUAGCUAACCCCAUAAUUGGGAAUGGUGGAGUACCUGACACGGCUGCUUUGGACAAAAUGGGCCUCAGGAGGUUUCUAGAGUCUGAUGGAAUCAAGGUUUCAGGUUUGGUGGUACUGGAUUACAGCAAUGAAUAUAGUCACUGGCAGGCUGCUAGGAGCCUGGGAGAGUGGUUGCAGGAAGAAAAGGUGCCUGCUCUGUAUGGGAUUGACACCAGAAUGCUGUCCAAAUUAAUUCGGGACAAGGGCACCGUACUUGGUAAGAUUGAAUUUGAAGGUCAGCCUGUGGAGUUUGCAGAUCCAAAUAAGCAGAACUUAAUUGCAGAAGUGUCAACCAAGGAAAUCAAAAUAUAUGGUAGAGGGAAUCCAAUUAAAGUGGUAGCUGUUGACUGUGGGUUGAAGCACAACAUUAUCCGUCUGCUAGUAAAGCGAGGUGCAGAAGUGCAUUUGAUUCCAUGGGACCAUGAUUUCACCAGCAUGGAGUAUGAUGGACUCUUAAUUUCUGGAGGCCCAGGGGAUCCACUGAAGGCCCAGGAGGUGAUUCAGAAUGUUAGAAAGGUCCUGGAGAGCAAUCGCCCGGAGCCCUUGUUUGGAAUCAGCAUGGGCAGUCUGAUCACUGGAAUAGCGGCUGGAGCUACUUCCUACAAGAUGCAGAUGGCCAACAGAGGGCAGAACCAGCCCGUUUUGAACAUGGUGAAUGGACGAGCUGUCAUCACUGCUCAGAACCACGGUUAUGCCAUCGACAGCUCUACCCUCCCACCUGGCUGGAAACCUCUGUUUGUGAAUGCCAAUGAUCAAACAAACGAGGGAAUUAUGCACGAGACCAAACCAAUUUUCACAGCGCAGUUCUAUCCAGAGGCAAAUCCAGGGCCAACAGACACAGAGUUCCUCUUUGAUUCGUUUAUGUCACUGGUUAAGAAAGAGAAAGGCACUACCAUUGCCUCGGUCCUGCCCAAGGCUGGAGCGGCAGCUUCCAGAGUAGAGGUCUCCAAAGUUCUCCUUCUAGGAUCUGGGGGUCUGUCGAUCGGUCAGGCAGGGGAAUUUGAUUACUCUGGAUCCCAGGCUGUGAAAGCCAUGAAGGAAGAAAAUGUGAAAAUCAUUCUCAUGAAUCCCAAUAUUGCUUCAGUGCAGACCAAUGAGACUGGCUUAAAGCAAGCUGAUGCUGUCUACUUCCUCCCCAUCACUCCACACUUUGUUACGGAGGUCAUCAAGGCUGAGCGGCCUGACGGAUUAAUUCUGGGCAUGGGCGGCCAGACGGCUCUCAACUGUGGAGUGGAACUCUUCAAGCAAGGAGUGCUGCAGAAGUACGGUGUGAAGGUCCUAGGUACAUCAGUUGAAUCCAUCAUGGCUACAGAGGAUAGACAGCUCUUUUCUGACAAACUGACUGAGCUGAAUGAAAAGAUUGCUCCUAGCUUUGCAGUGGAAUCGGUUGAAGAUGCUUUGGAGGCAGCUGAAAAGAUCUGCUACCCUGUCAUGAUACGUUCUGCUUAUGCCCUUGGUGGUCUGGGAUCAGGCAUAUGUCAUGAUAAGGAAAGUCUGCUGGAUCUUGGUAUCAAGGCAUUUGCAGUGACUAACCAAAUUCUGGUGGAAAAGUCAGUUGUUGGCUGGAAGGAGAUAGAGUAUGAAGUUGUGAGAGAUGCUGCUGAUAACUGUAUUGCUGUCUGCAAUAUGGAAAACAUUGAUGCUAUGGGAGUCCACACAGGGGAUUCUGUUGUAGUGGCUCCGAGCCAGACGCUCACUAAUGAGGAAUUUCAGAUGCUGAGAGAUCGUGCCAUCAAGGUUGUCCGUCAUUUGGGCAUCGUGGGAGAGUGUAAUAUCCAGUUUGCUCUGCAUCCAACUUCCCUGGACUACUACAUCAUUGAAGUUAAUGCCAGGCUCUCAAGAAGUUCAGCUUUGGCAUCCAAAGCAACAGGGUAUCCGUUAGCAUUCAUUGCUGCCAAAAUUGCCUUAGGGAUCACCCUACCAGAAAUCAAAAACGUGGUGACAGGAAAAACCUCUGCCUGCUUUGAGCCCAGCCUGGAUUACGUCGUUACCAAGAUACCCCGCUGGGAUUUGGACCGUUUUCAGGGUACCUCCAACCGGAUAGGAAGCUCCAUGAAAAGUGUGGGAGAGGUCAUGGCUAUCGGACGCACUUUCGAAGAGAGCUUCCAGAAGGCCUUGCGAAUGUGCCACCCCUCCGUGGAUGGCUUCACUUCGCGUCUGCCCAUGAACAAAGCCUGGUCAGCCAACUUCGACCUCCGGAAGGAGCUCUCAGAGCCGUCCAGCACUCGGAUAUAUGCGAUGGCCAAGGCCUUGGAUAAUGAAGUAUCUGUGGAUGACAUUCACAAACUCACAGCCAUUGACAAGUGGUUCCUCUACAAGAUGCGUGGUAUUGUGAACAUGGAGAAGAUCUUGAAGGAAGCAAACAGCGAAGCUGUUCCAGAAGAGACACUGAGGAGAGCCAAACAGAUCGGCUUCUCGGACAGGCAGAUUGGGAAGUGCCUGGGGCUGACUGAAGUCCAGAGCCGUCAGCUGAGACGGAGGAAGAAUAUAGUGCCCUGGGUGAAGCAGAUUGACACGCUGGCAGCAGAAUACGCUGCGGUAACUAAUUACCUCUACAUCACGUACAAUGGGCAGGAACAUGAUGUAAAAUUUGAUGACUGUGGAGUGAUGGUGUUGGGCUGUGGACCAUAUCACAUAGGCAGCAGCGUGGAGUUUGAUUGGUGUGCGGUCUCCAGCAUCCGCACGCUGCGUCAGCUUGGCAACAAGACAGUCGUGGUGAAUUGCAACCCGGAGACAGUGAGCACAGAUUUUGAUGAGUGUGACAGACUGUACUUUGAAGAGCUGUCAUUGGAAAGGAUCUUGGACAUCUACCAACACGAGGGAUGCAGUGGUUGCAUUAUUUCUGUAGGUGGGCAGAUUCCCAAUAACUUGGCUGUGCCACUGUACCAGAGUGGAGUGAAGAUCCUUGGCACGAAUCCUUUGCAGAUUGACCGGGCAGAAGAUCGCGCCACGUUCUCGGCUGUUUUGGACGAGCUGCACGUGGCCCAGGCCCACUGGAAGGCAGUCAGCACUCUGAAAGAUGCAGUUGAAUUUGCAAGCUCCAUGAGUUACCCAUGCUUGUUGAGGCCUUCCUAUGUCCUGAGUGGGUCUGCAAUGAAUGUAGUAUUCACUGAGGAGGAGAUGAAGACGUUCUUAGCAGAAGCCACCAGAGUCUCCCAGGAUCACCCUGUGGUGCUCACUAAAUUUAUUGAAGAUGCCCGCGAGGUGGAAAUGGAUGCUGUAGCCAAGACAGGAAGAGUUAUCUCGCAUGCCAUUUCAGAGCACGUGGAGAAUGCAGGCGUUCACUCUGGAGAUGCCACCCUCAUGUUGCCCACACAGACUAUUAGCCAGGGAGCUUUGGAGAAGGUAAAAACUGCCACAAGAAAGAUUGCAAAUGCCUUUGCCAUCUCUGGUCCAUUCAACAUUCAGUUCUUGGUGCGAGGAAAUGAUGUGCUGGUGAUAGAGUGCAAUUUGCGGGCUUCACGCUCCUUCCCUUUUGUAUCCAAGACUCUGGGUGUGGACUUCAUUGAUGUGGCCACAAAAGUGAUGAUUGGAAAGGAGGUUAAUGAGUCAUCCCUUCCCACACUGGAGCAUCCAAUUAUUCCCUCCAAAUACGUUGGGAUUAAGGCCCCAAUGUUCUCCUGGUCUCGGCUGAGAGAUGCUGACCCUGUUCUUCGAUGUGAAAUGGCCUCUACUGGGGAGGUUGCCUGCUUUGGGGAGGAUGUGUACUCCGCCUUCCAGAAGGCUAUGCUUGCCACAGGGUUUACGUUUCCUAAGAAAGGAAUUCUGAUCGGAAUCCAAGAUUCCUUCCGCCCAAAAUUCCUCAGUGUGGCAGAACUACUUCACGAGGAAGGUUUGAAGCUUUAUGCCACAGAAGCAACUUCUGACUGGCUCAAUGCUAACAGUAUCCCAGCAACUUCUGUGGCAUGGCCAUCGCAGGAAAGCCAGAGCCCCAGGCUCCCUUCGGUCAGGAGGCUGGUAAGGGACAGGAAGAUAGAUCUGGUGAUUAACCUGCCCAACAGCAACACCAAGUUUGUCCGUGAUAAUUAUGUGAUCCGGCGGCUGGCUGUUGACAGUGGGAUUGCUCUGCUCACUAAUUUCCAGGUGACGAAGCUGUUUGCUGAAGCUAUGAAGUACUCUGGGAAACUGGACUCCAAGAGUCUCUUCCACUACAGACAGUGUGACAGUGGAGACCAAGCAUAGAAGAGCUAUCCCCAGCCUGCAGUCUUACUGCUUCUGGCACUACAAGAGAGGCGAUCUUGGACCAUCCAUCUAACCAUCUUUCCAUGUAUUUGAUAGCAUCUGCAACGUUUGUCUUUCCAGCUUACAGAAACUAAUACCCAGCCAAUACUUUUGAUCAAGAGGUUUAUUGGAAAGCCGUCCUCUCCCCAGCCUCUCCAUCCUCUUUUCCCCAUUUCCACUUAGCAAAUAUUAGUUACCUACUAGAUGGGUAAAUCCGGAUGGCACCAUAGCAAAGGAGUUGGAAGGAGAUGCAAAUGAUUCUACAUGGAGAUAUUUCCUUCUUUUUAUAACCAAGCCUGCUCCUCCUUUGAAGGUCCUUCCUUGGGUCCAUACCUGCAGCCGUUCUCAUGCUGCACUGCUAGAGCCUGGCCCCAGGCUUCCAUAGAACAACGUUUAGUUUUCUCUUUCCAUUGCUGAUUUUUGAGGAUUAUAUAACAAUUAGCCUUCCUCCUACUUGAUCCACCAUGAACACCUGCUGCGGUGCAGAACUGCUGAGGGUCAUGAUUGUGACAGGAACUCUUUAAAGAUGAAAGAAUAUGAACUAUUCCAUGACAGCAAGUGACAGGCAGGAUGCAGCUACUUUCUGUUUGUUUUUUAACUCUGGCCAAGCAUCAUCUUUUGCAGCCUACAGAUUUGUUGGGAGAGGGAGGCUGUAUGUGUGUGUGCUGGAAUUGCUUCCAAGUUCUGCUCAGUCCUUCAGGCGCUCUCUCUCUCUCUCUUUUUUUUUUUUUUUUUUUUUUUUUUUU